CUCCAACAACGACAAAUCGACGACGUUUUAGUUGAAGCCCAGUUCCAUCUCUCUCUCUUCCACUGUAACUCCGAGAAAAUUUCAUCUUAUAAACCCUAGUUCUUUGCUUCCUAUCAUUUCAAUCUUUCUAUUUACCACAUAUUUAUAUAUAAUCUAGGCUUUUCGCAUUCUAAUUCUCUGUAAAGCCCUAAUUUUUUUGACAAAAAUAUAUCUUAGAUGUAUAUGUAUGGAUUCUAUAGGUUCAAUUUUUAGGGUUUAUAUCUGAAAUUUUCUACUCUCUCUUGAAAAAGAUUUGAUAUUUUUCAUGCGAUGGUGAUAUGAUGAUGAAGCAAGACACCACCGCCACCGCCCCCGUCCGCAUCCCCACGUCGUGCGGCAACUGCGGCGUCGUAGAGCGGCGGCUCCUCCACCACGUCCGCCACCGCGGGAUCUUCCGCCGCCUCUGCACCUCCUGCGUCCUCCGACUCCACCCUCAGUCCUUCUGCCCCACUUGCUUCCUCGUCUACGAAAAGUCCCCACCCGCCCAAAACGACCACGUCACCUGCUUCAAAUGCUACUCCUCCUCUCACUCUCACUGUGUCGGCUCGAGCAUCCCCAACCGCUACGUUUGCCCCAAUUGCUCAAACCCUAGCGCCCUGAUUUUCGAUGUCAAGAAGGCGAAAGACGGAGAGGACUGCAAGGCCAUUGAUGAGAAGGCUGCGAGAGUGCUGCUUGCGGCAGCCAAGAUUGCAGCGGUUUCGAUGAAUAAAGCGGCAGUGGUGGUGAGGCAGGAGGCGGAGAAGAGGGCGAAGGAGGCGGCUUUUGCGAGGAAGAGAGCGAGGGAGGCAAUGGAGCACAUCGCUGUUCUUGCUGUGAAAGAGAAAUUGGAGAGUAGGGAGGUGGUGUCCGCCGAGAUUUUGGGGUCUGGUAAUGUGGGUGCUCAGGAGAAGAAUCAAAUGGGUGGUAAUGCUGACAGUGUUGGUAAUCAGAUUGGUAGCCAGUAUGGGGCUGAAGAAAUUGAUGUUGCUUCGGAGGUUUUGGCAUCAUUGAAUGCUGUGGAGUUGAGGGAAAAAGAAAGAUUGCAAGAGUUUAUGGCACAAAAUGCAGUAACAGGCUCUCCUAGUUGUGGUGUGCCAAUGAGUGUGAAUGACAAUGACAAAGUGAGAGUGAGUCCUGUUUUCAGUAAAGAGGCAUUUAUGGCACAAAAUGCAGUAACAGGCUCUCCUAGUAAUGGUGUGCCAAUGAGUGUGAAGGAGAGUGACAAAAUGAGAGUGAGUCCUGUUUUCGGUACUGAGGCUUUAAUGGCACAAAAUGCUGUAACAGGCUCUUCUAGUAAUUGUGUGCCAAUGAGUGUGAAGGACACUGACAAAGCGAGAGUGAAUCCUGUUUUCGGUACUGAGGCACCGUAUGCUCAGAAUCAUGUUAAUGGGGAAGAAAGUGAAAGGAUUGGGCAUUUGGGUCAUUUAGAGAAUGAUAAUGCACAGGGCGAGAAAGUGAAGAAUGUGGUGUUGUCAGUUUCACCAGUGGAUCAGCUGCAGCAUAUGCAAAACAGUCGUGAUAGGGAAGAGAACAACCUUGUUUCACAACAAUAAUUUGAGAUCUCCUAAGAAGGUUGUGUGAAUAAUGUGAUAAACCAAGGUUCUGUGGGUUUCUGGAUGCUCAUUUUGUGGUUACUAUCAUGGAGUUGUGAUCGACAGCGAAGUAGCUUCUGUGAGUUGUUUCUGCUGGACCAAGUCGGGCUUUUCUUCGUACAUAUCAUUGUUUAAUCAACUUUGUAGCCUGGUCUAGUUUAGAAAUAAUUAAGAACUUGUGAUAUCAAUAUGUUCUUUAACUUUCCUUGCAAAGUAAAAAUUGGUACUCUGUGUUUAACUGCACCUCUACUAAUGUGAAUUCCUAUUUUUGUAA